UGCACCUCCAUUUUCUUAUUUUUGACUGGCAAUACUUAUUUUUGGCAGCCCAAAAAAGAACCCAGAAAGUUUUCAGAGAUUUUCACUUUCUGGUGUAUUCAAUAUUCAAUUUGCAUCAGCGAUUUGCGCUUUUUAGCUACUCAAGGGCAAAAAUCAAAUCAAAAGCAUAAAAGUGAUAUCAAAAAGAAGUGCAGGGAGGAUGAAAACCGAUUUCAUCACUUUGUAGGCGCAUCAAAUAGCUUGAAGGAAGUGUGUGGAAAAUCUUCGACGAUCCCGUCUGUAUCGACCAUGAUUCAAGGUAGCGACGACAGACAACGGCAAACGAAAAAAGGUCGUGGAAGGAUGAUAGCGUGAACGGGGGAGAAACAGUGAUAUAGAGUAGGAGUCAAAGAGAUAAUUGCUGAAAAUGCAAAAAAUCAUUGUAAAACGAAAGACGAUUGGAAAACCAUUGUUGAAGUUGAAAAUCGUCUACGCUAAUUAACACUUUGCUCUUUAUUUAAACGCAAAAAAGACUUUGCCGCGCGUCAAUCGCAAGCUACUGCUGUAGGUAAACGGGGGAAAACAAAUACUUAGGUGCUCUCGCAUACAGUUGCGCGCUUAUUGACCACAUAUGCCCUUGCCUCGCCUACGUCACUAUAUUGUGAACGAUUCAACGCUUCUAAUUGUGCUUUUGUGCUAUAACGCAUUAUUUUUUGUUGUAAGGUCAUUUUUGCAUUGCUUGAACCGCUGCCAUUGUUUCAUGAAAUUAUGUUGAAAUCGUCCUCUACUGCGCAGGAACUGCGGCUGUGCCGACCAACGACCACAGCACAGUCAUCCUCGGGCACAUCUGCAGUCAGUGCCAUGGAUACAUUAAAAUCAUCUUUCCUACCCAACCUGGCCAUGGAUGGUGGCGUUAUUACAUCGGCAAGCUUUUGUCCGAUGUGUGGUCAGCAAUUUGAGCGACCACAACACGCUCAGGAGCAUAUGCAGUUGUGCCACGGCAUAUCAGCUGGCAUGAUUGGUGGCGGUGGUGGCAUCGGUGGUGCCGGUGGGCUCUUGCUAGGCGGUGUUCCACAGCCGAACGUACCAGUCUCGGAUCCUAUGAAAAUUGAGUAUCCCUGCUUGAGUUGUGAGGAGAAGUUUGGUUCGGCGCAGGAGCUAGAUGAACACCACCGUAUCGUACAUCAAACCACGGCUUUUCUAGCGCGCUGCAUGGCAUGUGGCAUUUAUGGUAUUUCAUCAGUGACCUUGCACGAAGGCGAUGAAUUCAAGUGCAUGCACUGUGGCUCUGUAUGCACUGCCUCCAAUAUGACUGCAGCUCAGCAGCCGCCGUACAUGGAUCAGCCUGAACCACCCCAAACACCAGAAGAGAUGCCUUCGAUGCCGCCUGAAGAAAUGAAUACUAUACCACCAGAAGAAUUGAACUCAAGGCAGAAUCAGCAACAGCAACAGCAGCGCCAGCAGCAGCAACAACAUCAGCAACAACAGCAGCAGCAACAACAACAACGGCAACAACAACAGCAGCAACAACAACAACGGCAACAACAACAGCAGCCAGAUUUACUCGAUCGUCAAAGGCAGCCGCAACCAGAUUUGCUUGAUCAGCAACGACAGCAGGCCGGACAGGCGCAAUCGCAUGCACAAACGCAACAACAAGCGGCACAGGCACAGCAAAAUCAGCAGCAGCAAACUCAAUUAAAAGUACCACCUCUAACUGUAAAAUUGAACAAAGGCAGCAAUGGCAGCACAGAGGGCCAUCCACGUGUGAUAAUCAAGGAAGAACCGCUUGGCAUUAGCGAUGGCAACGGUGAUAUAGAUCCGGCCGCAGUGCCCGUGUACACCAUUCAGCAGCCAGCUGGUGCUACGAGCGUAGUAGUAAGCACCGCAUCAGCUACAGCCGGAGCCCUGGCAAAUGCGACUGGCACAGCAGCCGCCAGCACCGGAGCUUCCACGACAUUGGUAAACAAAGUGCGCCACAAAUGCCCGGAAUGUCCGAAAACCUUUAAGACGCCCGGCACAUUGGCGAUGCACCGUAAAAUACAUACAGGCCAAGCAGACGUCACGCCUAAAGAACGCCCCUACUCGUGCUCCUACUGCGGCAAGUCAUUCACCCAAUCGAACACCCUCAAACAGCACACGCGCAUUCAUACAGGUGAGAAACCCUUUAGAUGUGGAUAUUGUGGCAGGCAAUUCACUGUAAAGGACUACCUGAACAAACAUUUAACAACUCACACGGGUGAGAAACCCUUUCACUGUGUCUACUGUGAGAAACGUUUCAGUGUCAAGGAUUACCUCACCAAGCAUAUACGCACACAUACUGGCGAAAAGCCUUAUACCUGCCCCUACUGUGACAAGCGCUUUACACAGCGCAGCGCUUUAACGGUACAUACGACCAAGUUACAUCCACUCUAGGGAAGGCCGAUUGGCAAAGGGAGCCGUGGCCGUUUGUUAACAUAGUUUUGACUAAGUGAUGCGGAAGAGAAGAAGCCAACGGCUGAAAUGUUGGCCAAAACGUUGGGGGAGACAGCGAUGACUGCAGAAACAACAACAACAACAGCAGUAGCUGCAGCAGCAACGGCAACAGCAACAGCAACAACUAUGAACAACACCACAGCAUUUGCAACAAUCAACUUAUCAAUAAAUCCACAGCAACAACAGACACAAUACCAACAGCCGCAGCAACCGUAUCAACUACAAAACCAACUACAUCAACGGCAGCAACAACCACAGCAAUCACUAGAAGGUACAACAAACAAAGAGCUCGACUUUGUACUGGAUACGAUAGGCUUGUCGCAAGCUUUGUAGUAGGCCACGGCGGCUCUUGUUGGCUGCGAAAUAGGCGCGUAAAAUGAACAGCAAAUAAAAAUGCGAAAUAUAUGACGAUUUGCAAGAUCUUAAAGAAAAUCAAAAAAAAAACAACAACAAAAACACGAAAGUAAAUACAAAGUCACACUGCAAAAGUUUUUGUGCUAAUCAUUGAAAUGUAGAAAAACAAACGCUAUGCAAAUAUUUUCGGUGGCAAUGCACAAGAAAAAAAAGACCUAAACAACAAAUGAUUAAAAAAAAUUACAGCAACAAUAAGAAAACACACACAAAAUAAACGCUGUAACUAAGCGAAAGAUAAUGCUGGUUAAUUAUAAUGACAAAAAAAAAACGAAUUAUAAUGGUGGGAGCGGGAAUGGAAAGAGGAGCGAGAAAUACCAAAAUGCCACAAAGCAAAAAAGUGAGUUUAUGUAAACAACAACAACCACAACAAAUGAAAAUAAACUAAAGUAAAUAACUAAAAUCUAGAAUCUGUUAGAGCUAAAGUUUAGUGAAAAUGUGGGAUUACCCACCGUCUAAUUGUACGAGUAUGUAGUUUAUUAAACUAUUAUACUAUAUGUAUUUGAACAUUUUAACAUUGAACUAACCUAAAUAUGUAUGUAAAACUAAUGCUAAUGACGAUUGUCUUGAAAUUUUAGGUUUUAUACAUACGUACAUACAUAUGUACAUUUUUUGGUUUGUAAUUUAUUUUGUAAAAGCGAAAAUUUUAAAUAUUUAUAAUUUUUAUACAUACAUAAAUACAUAUGCAAUUUAUGCUUGUUUCAUAACCGAGCUGCGUCGAUAUGAACU